AUGCAACAACUGUGGGCAAUACGUCUCGACUGGGAUGACGAAUUACCAUGUUCUCUCAAAUCUCAGUGGAUCGAAUUCAUGCAGCAAUUCGAACAGGUGUCGGCUAUUGUGAUUCCGCGUUGGUUCGGCACCAGCUCAACGGCUCUCGGAACCGAAUUGCAUGGUUUCUCGGACGCCUCUCAACAUGCAAUUGCCGCAGUUAUCUAUCUCCGUGUCGUGACUCCCACCGGCAUUCAUGUGACUCUCGUUAGUGCAAAGACAAAAGUGACUCCGCUUAAACGCGUAACAAUUCCGCGACUCGAAUUAUCAGCUGCCGUACUCCUCGUGAAACAGCUUCUCAAAAUACGCGAAAUUCUCGAUUUAACUCAAACGCCAGCGCAUCUCUGGACGGACUCCACCGUCGCGUUAACAUGGAUCAAAAGCCAUCCAUCGAGAUGGAAAGAAUUCGUGCGAAAUCGUGUCGUGUUCAUACAAGAGCUCUCAAACUCUCGGUGGCAUCACGUCUCAGGGAAAGAGAAUCCUGCUGACGUGGCGUCUCGCGGAACAUCGCCUCAACUUCUCCAGCAAGAUCAGUCGUGGUGGCAUGGACCUCUGUGGCUACAGCAAUUCUCGACCGCGUGGCCAGUCUCAAAGCUCUCGCUCGAUUCCAACGCACAUCUUGAAGAACGAGCUCGUAAUUGCGCCAUCGCGAUCGUGAUUCCAGAGCCAGAUAUGUGGGAUCUCAUAAAACGAUACUCAUCUUUCACUCGACUGACCCGCAUUACCGCCUGGAUUCUACGUGCGAUCCAACGCUUCCGACCUUCAAGGACUGUGCCUGUAUCGCAAGACCCUCUUACUGCAGGGGAGCUAGAAUUGUCAGUCCUUCUUUGGGUCGAAUUAACGCAACAUGCUUAUUUCUCAACGGAAAUUCGACUCCUACGAGGAGGUAAGCAGCUGCCGAAAACCAGCGCACUGUUCCGUCUCACUCCGUUUCUCGAUACUAAAGGGCACCUCCGACUACAAGGACGCCUUCAAUUGUCUCAGCUGGAUCCGGCGGAAAAACAUCCAUUGAUUUUACCUCGCAGUUCUCGAUUGACGGACCUCAUAAUGGAUUAUUACCAUAAACAGACGUUACAUGGCGGACCACAACUCAUGCUCUCGGUUAUACGCCGCAAAUUUUGGAUUCUCGGGGUCGCCUGCCGGUUCGCUCAUUUAUUCAUCGAUGUGUAA